UGAGAGGCAGAACUGAGAAGCUCUGAAAGAGAACUAAGACCAGUGAAAGGUCGAUGUGCCGAGGUUGCAUUUGCAUUCCUGCUGCGCUGGAGCUUCGCUCAGGUGUUGGAUCUCCUCGUCAUGGAACUACUGCCUUCGCUGCUGUCAGCCCUCAAGGCUCGGGAUACCAGAAGUUUGGAGCAGGAGUUCAACGUGCUGCGUUCAGAGUCCCUGCAGUCAAAGAGACAGCUGGGUUUGACCUCUGAAGCUGGAGCUCAGAAGGAAAACAUCAAGAAGAACCGUUAUAAAGACAUCCUGCCAUAUGACCAGUGUCGCGUGGUGUUGUCCUUGUUGACCACAGAGUCCAAAUCUGACUACAUCAAUGCGAGCUUCAUCAGGGGAGCGACAGGAGACUGCAAGUAUGUGGCUUGCCAGGGGCCUCUGGGCCCCACUCUGAUUGACUUCUGGAGGAUGAUCUGGCAGCUGGACAUCAAGGUGAUUGUCAUGGCCUGCAGGGAGAUCGAGAUGGGAAAGAAAAAGUGUGAGUGCUACUGGGCUUCAGUCCAGCACCCUGCUGCAUUUGGACCCUUCACAAUCAGCAGCCAGGGGGAGACACACAUGAACCCAGACGUGGUGGUCCGGGCUCUGACUGUCAGCUUCCAGCAGGAGACCCGCUCAGUUGUUCAGUACCAGUUUGUGUCAUGGCCCGAUCACGACAUCCCCUAUGAGACUGAUGGGGUUCUGGACCUGCUGAGGAAGGUUAGGGGGACCCAAAGACCUCACAGCUCACCCCUGCUGGUCCACUGCAGUGCUGGCUGUGGGAGGACAGGAGUCAUCUGUGCCCUCGACUACAUCUACGACCUUCUGGUUUCCAAGAAGAUCACAGCAGACUUCAGCAUCCUGAAGGUGGUCCUGGAGCUCCGGACGCAGAGGCCCUCUGCCGUGCAGACCAAAGAUCAGUAUCAGUUCAUCUUCACCGCAGUCAUCAGCAUGUUCGAGCAGCUCCUGCAGGCGUCCCCGCACCACCUCUACUGCAACUCUUCAGAGCUGAAAAGACCAGAGAAGACGACCCCAACAAACCCUACUUCCCCCCUCAGCAGCAGCUGCACCCAGAAACCCGACAUGAACGACACAUACGCUGUGGUCAACAAACCCAAGAAAAGCCAUCCGCCUCCACCCGGCCCCGCCUACCCUCCUGCAGCCACGCCCACACCCAGCACUGCCAGCAGUGUGACAGUGAACACGCAGAGGGUCAGACUCCGCCCAUUGCGAGCUGUGUGUGAUGAUCACUGCCUCAGUGAUGAUGCAGCUAGAAUGUGGACUCAGCUCCUGUUUGGUUGGUCGCUGCCCUUCUCCCAUCACUAUGACAACGACCCCUCAGCAGCAUCCACUGCUCCCAUCUACAGCACAGUCAAGCCCAGACUGAAGCCACACAGCCUGCCCCCCUCCGCCACACCCAUCUACGACAUAGCGAAGCCAAGCAUUCAGUCGUGGGAGGGGCCGGAGAAUCACCUGACACGCGCUGAAAGUGUUUCUUCAGCAGAAGCGGAUAAUGAUUAUGAGAUCUUCUCCUCCUCAGCAGGAGCAGUGAGCAGCUGUUCACCUGUUGGCCUUGGGUUCAACUGUCGCGUUCCAAAGCCCAAAGGACCCAGAAAUCCUCCAGCGCAGUGGAGUCGGCUUGAAAGAUGAUUACAGAGACCCAUGGGACUGAUCAACCAGAACCAAGUCAGAGACGAUUCCUGUUUGAGUGCUCUGCGGAUCAACAUCUGUCAUCUGAUUGGCUAAUAAAAGAUCAAGAAUGGACAAUGACACUAAAAUUGACGGCUUUCUUUUUACUAUGGUUUUAACAUGAUGACUGCUCUUAAAAACUAUUCAAAACGCCACUUUGACACUUUUCUUAGCCAAAUGCAUUUGAAAAGUAAAUCGAAAGCUUUUAUUUAAAAAAAAUCAUGUUGAAACUAUGUUCAGAGGUAUCAUUUUGAAAUUUCUCAAAGCAAUUUUCUAAUUUUCUCCAUCAAAUGUGGUGUUUUGAAUUUACAUCUUUAUUCUAGUUUGAAAAAUAGUUUUAUUCUGAACAAACUCCAAAUGUAUUAUUUUCUUCUCUCACCAUCAAUGUAAAAUGCCCAUAUCUGAAAGAGCUGAAUGAUUUUACGACAGUAGAAAGAGAAACUGUUUUUGCUCACGUCUUCAGUAAAAAUGCAUUUAUGAGGCUGAAGUGCCAAA